AUGGUCGCAGACAGUCCUGUAAAAGAACCUCUUCGCCAAGUCUACUCCAUCUUCACCCAGGGGGUCAAGUCGAUCCAUGGGGUUAAAUUAAACAAUGCUUGGACUAAGAUCUGUGCGGUAAAAUCACUGGCGUCUCCAAAACUACGGCCGUUGGCCAUAGUCACCACCGCGCUCUGCGUGUCGGGAAAUGUCCACACCGUUGCUAUGGAUCCGGGCAUACCUCCAGAAUGCCCGAUCGCCAGGAAUGAUGGGAUUCCACUCCUAAUAUAUGUUUUAGAUGCAUCUGGGGUUGUUUCCCGAGAGUGGCGAUUGCCACUGAAGCCCCUAGCAUUGAAGAAGGGAGAUCCAUACGCACCCAUCCCAUACAAUACGCCGCAUCCUUGCUAA